GUUGCCAAUGAGCAGCACAGUACGUUGGGUCGAUGAAGGCGUGCGCGAGCUGCAAGCUCUGUUGUUGCUGACUUGCGAGCUGCUCUAGUGCGGCUUUUGACCUCUUUGAGAUGACGGUGAUACGCUGCUUGAUGAUGCGAGCCUCAAGCCUGCGCUCACUAUCUGUUGAGUCUCAAGCUCAAGCACCGCUAGUGGCCGCCGGACAGUCGACUAGCAGCUACUCGUCGCGUCGCGAAGCCAAUUGCAAUCGCAGCCAUACAAUGGCACAAGCCGGAGCCCCACAUGCUCGAGCAAAGUACUUGCGCAUUCGCGCGAGCACGCGACGGCUCAAGAUGCUCGCGUUGAGGGCUAUACUCCUCUUUACAGACUCGUGUAUCGUCUGCUGCUGCAAAACCCGGAUGCUCGCAGCAAAUGGCCCAUUCAGACUAUGUUCAGGGAACACAUUGCUUUGCACAGCUUCACACUCGAGACACGACUGCAAGAUUCUUGCGCCCUUGACAUUCCAGCCGAUCGAUAUCAACACGGAGGAUGGCGAGGCGCGUCACACCGUUGAGGAAUAUCAGCGCAAAGCUUUUGCCGAUACUGUCCAAUGGAUCCUCGGAGCUCUAAAGCGCUGGGUGCCCGGACUGUCACUGACUGUCAGAGCGCAGCAAACACCGCAUCCCUCGAGCUAGUGUUGCAUCGUCUUGAAAGAUAGACAGGUCGAAUCCAUGUUGCUCACGCGCACGCCAUCAAACACGCGCAAUGGUGUCAAUGUGCCGAAAGCGAUCGUCGAGCACGAUUGAGAAUAUGCCUAUCGGAUGGGACGUACAAACCGACGUCAUCGAGGCCCUGCAUGCGAUUAUCAUCGUACAGCAGAGCUGGCCUGACGAUCUCACUGGAGCGAUGAGGGGAUCUGCCAA